AUGCAGCCCCAGGAUUUGAGAGAUCCCAGCAUGAACUACCCCGACCUUCCACCCUUUCCCAACGACGUACCCACCGCUCCUCUCCUUCGGCUCUCUCUCGAAAGACUACUAGCAGGAGACAAAAAGGAGCUGGAUUACCUCUUCAAAGCGUCCGUGGAAAUCGGAUUCUUCUACCUAGAUUUCCAAGAUUCUCAGCUCGGAACUUCCCUGCUCCAAGAUGUCGACAAAUUGUUCGGGGUAGGCAAAGAGCUUUUUGAACUCAGUUUGGAAGAGAAGAACAAGUAUGACUUCAGCAAGCAGAACUCGUACUUUGGGUAUAAAGCACAGGGUGUAGCACUGGUGGAUAAGGAGGGGAAUUUGGACCGAAACGAAUUCUACAAUGUUUCAAAAGAUGAUAUUCUCGGUAUCUCAGCAGAACUCCCAGCACCAAACCUCCUCCAACAGAACAGAAAGCCCAUCGAAUCCUUCAUGCGCAACUCCCAUAUCGUUGUAACUCUAAUCCUAACGAUCCUCAACGACAAAAUGGGCCUCCCACCAAACACACUACCAAACAUGCACCGCCAGAACGCUCUUAGCGGCGAUCAGGUCCGCUGGGUGAAAGCGCCGCCUCAACCCAUGAACGACAGACGAGUCGCACUAGGCCAACACACUGAUUUCGGCUCAGUUACAGUGCUACUCAACCGACUCGGGGGACUGCAAGUCCAAAUGCCCGGAACCGACGACUGGAUUUACGUACGUCCAUUACCAGGGCACGCGAUAAUCAACCUCGGCGACGCAAUGGUGAAAUUCAGCAAUGGACUCCUACGAUCGAAUAUUCACCGCGUGAGCGCCCCACCUGGUGCGCAGGCCGAGUACACAAGGUAUAGUCUUGUUUACUUUGCACGUCCUGAGGAUGAGGUUAUAUUGCGGCGGUUAGAGGGGAAGCUGAUUCCCCCAUUGGAGAGAGACGAGAUUGAAGAGGAGGUUAAUAGUAAGGAGUGGAUUAUUCGGAGGGCUUUGGGGCCAAGGGUUAAUCUUGGUCGGGCGGUUGACUUGGAGAAGUCGGCUGGAACGGAGGAGAUUAGUCGGAGAAUCAAGGUUUAA